AUGCGUAUAUCUUGGUAUUUGAGUUGGGGUUUGCUGUUUUGCUGGCCGAUAAGGUGUACGCGGAAGGUUUAUAUGGGACAUGCUGUGACUAGUGAUUUGGAAGAGUCGGCUCGAGUGGGAAGUGAAAUUAUUGAGGAGGAUGGGGGUAAUGCCUUGGAUGCGGCUAUUGCGACGGCAAUAGAUGUGGGGGCUAUCAAUGCAUUUGCUUCUGGGAUAGGUGGAGGUGGGUUUUUGUUGUUGUGGAAGAAGUCGAAAAGGAAUGUGAAUAGUGGGGAUGAGGAUGCUGUGAAUAGUGGGGAAGAUGAGAAGGAUGUGCUGGUGGGAUUUGAUUUUCGGGAGAUGGCGCCUAAGCAGGCAGAUGAACGUUUGUAUCAGGACCCAAAAGAUUCUAAACGAGGACGGCUUUCUAUUGGCGUGCCUGGGGAAAUAAUGGGGCUUUAUCGGGCCCAUCUGCUUCAUGGUCAGGCGAGUUGGGAGUCUUUGUUUAAACGAACGAUCAGGAAGAUGCGGGAGGGUUUUGCGGUGCCGAAAGUGCUGGGAAUGAAGUUGGCGGAGUACCAGAAAGAUAUUCUGGCGGAUGACGGAUUGGCUGGGACGUACAGUCGAGAUGGCCGGGUAGUGAAAGAAAGGGAUAUAAUUACUCGGCCUAAUUUAGCCAAUACGUUAGAAAUUAUCUCAAAAGAUCCCAUGGCAUUUUAUACCGGGAAGUUGGGUGAUAAGAUAGUCGGGUUUUUGAAUAAGGAACGCAAGUACUUUAGUAGGGAAGACUUUAGUAAGUACAAGGCUAGAACGAUGACGCCGAUUGUUACACAGCUACCGAGUAAGAACUUGAAGGUGGUAACUUUGGACUUGCCGACAUGUGGGUAUAUGAUGAGUAUGGGGCUGGUAGCUUUGUUUUCUCUACCGAAUGUUAAUUACCAAAUGCUAUCUGAGCGCGAAUUACAGGAAAUACUCUCGUGUUUGUACCUGCAGCUGUACAAAUACCGAACGGAGUUUGAGGAUAAGGAUGCGGCGGGGCCGAAUGGGAGAAGAGAUCGGAAUAAUGAGUCGGCAAGACGAGUUGAUGAGAAAAGAAUUCAGGCACUGAUCAAUAAGCUGACUUCAUUAGUGAAAAACCAGCCAGUUCUUAGUGAAGUUGAAUUAGAGAAAGGUGUUUUGAUAGACCAUGGCACUACUCAUAUUAAUGUAGUGGAUAAAGAUGGUAUGAUGGUUUCGCUGACUUCUACAAUCAAUGAUUAUUGGGGGUCGGGUCAGAUGGAUCCAGAAACUGGAAUUAUCUUCAAUAACCAGAUGGAUGACUUUGUGUUUACCAAGUUUGCUAACUUGAGCUUAAUGCACGCGGAGAAUGAUUCAAAGAAUCGGAUUGCUCCUUGGAAGCGACCUCUGUCCUCAACUAUGCCGACUAUUAUCCGGCACGGUCAAAAGUUCUAUGUGGGUGGAGGCUCUGGUGGGAUCAGAAUUCCAACUGCCAUGAUUUCAGUAAUGGCCCGGAUUCUGCUACGCAACGAAUCAAUUGGGGAGGCGAUUCGAGCCCCGCGGCUGCAUUUACAAUCAACAGAUAUGGUUCAAAUUGAAGCUAACUUUGCUAAGGAAAACAUUCCCGAUGACUUACAAAAAGCAGGCGUAGUUAAGUCCGAUCGCCCUGAAAGUAUUACUAGUUGUGUUCAUUUAAUUCAUUAUGUGCAACCCAAGAGCGAUUGGCCUUUGGAAAACAUAGAGACUUUUUCGGAUCCUCGAAAGCAUAGUGGAAGCUACGGCGGGGCUUUUGUCCAAGAAAGUGGCCCGGUGACAACUUCGCCGAUUGAUCGGGCUUGUUCUGUUUUUCCUAGCCAGUACAAAGUAUCUGAAUGUCCCAUUGGUGCCAGAUAA